CAUUACAUCUUAAACUAUCUUUGAUGCAAUGGCAAAAGCUGACACGAUAACAAUUAUUCAGAUUCCUCGCAAUUGCUCGUGACUGGACAUGCAAUGAGAUAUAUGCAUAUAUAAAUGCUCUCAGAACUCAGAAGUCGGUGGAUCAUGUGCUCGGUUGCCUUCCUUCGUCCCCAUGCCCCUGAGAAAUUCUGUUUCCGCUGUUUCUUCUGGGUUUUGAUUCUGAAAUCUUUCAAUAGCUUAACCAUGAGCUAGUUUUAUGAGGUGAGACUUGUGUUUGUAAGGAAUAGCAAUAGAAACUGGGUCAAGAUCUAUUGCUUCUUUGCUAUAUUUGGGGUUUUUAGGAGUGAUAUAGGGUUCAUACUGAUCUGUAUAUUGAAAGCCACAACAUAGAAGAUUCUUGCUGUUAGAGGUGGAAAUAUUUACAUGGUAUUUAGAUGGAGAGUCUCAAAGAAUUCAAGCGAUGGGUUUGAUCACAAGCAAAAGAUAUUUAGGGACUCAAAUUUUACAGCUUCAGUGGCAAAGGCUGAAGAAUACAUACCAAGAAAUACCAGAUUGUAGAAGUAGUUAGUCAGUGGCCAUGAAAAUGUCCUUCCACACGUUAAAUUGCCCAGGAGUUCUUCUAGGUGGUGUAAAUAAGAAUAAAACCCAGUACAGAACAAGAUCAAAUCCAUCCGCAGCUGCACAAAUUUCUUCUGCCACCAAACCAACCGAUGAAAGUGGUAAAUCACUCGACUCCAAAAGGGUUUUGGGCUCGGGUAUGGCUAUAAAAAGAUAUCAGGCCCCAAAUUCUCUGCUCAGCCAACCAAAUACAGUUGGAAUCAUUGGAGGAGUAUCUGUUUUUUCUACUCUAAUUUUCUUGGAAAAGCUCGUCCGAUGGAGUUCUAAAGAUGGACAAGAAUGUGUACCUUUCGUUGUCUGCAACGACCCAGGUUUAAGCAAAGAGCUUCCUGUUCUUACCUCAUUUCAUUCAUUUACAAGCAGAAACUCUCAAAUCCAAUUCAAUCAUGGCCCAAUAGUCGGAAAUUUGCAGCAGAAAAGGGUGUUUCUUGAGCAGUCAGGAGCUUCUUGCAUAGUCAUGCCAUGCCAUCUGUCACAUGCAUGGUACGGUGAGAUUUCCAAGGGAUGUUCUUUGCCUUUCCUUCAUAUAGGUGAGUGUGUUGCCAGGGAGCUAAGCAAAGCAAAGAUGAAGCCACUUGAAGCUGGGAGUAAUGUUCGGAUUGGGGUGCUUGCUACAGAUGCAACUUCAGUCGCUGCUUUUUAUCAGGAAAAACUGCAAACUCAGCUGGAUCAAACCCAACGGAUCUUCUUUGGGUCCCGAGAGACACUGGUUCGUUAUCCUUCCACCGCCAAGAGCGGGGGGUUGUCGCUGCUCUGUGAAACCAGCCUGACGCUUUGCCCCCAUCCUCUAGGAAGCAUGUGACCAAGAGGCCUUCGCCCCAAUCACAAGCCUCAGACUUUUGGCUUGGAAUGGGCGGUCCAGCAAGGAAUCUCCAGAACCCGAUCCGUAUGGAAUAUGCCAGCGUCCCAUAACUUUGAAGCCCCCACAUGGGUCACAGGCUCGCGUUGCCAAGCCCGGCGAUGUGUCCUACCUCAUUGUGGUCUUAUAAAGUGCAGAAUUUGGUUGCUUCUCAUCGAUGUGGGAUCUAGUUUUGGACAUAGAAAGGCUGGGAUCAGUGCAACUCCUUAACAAAAUAGCACCAUUGUUACAUCAAACAUAUAUCCUCUUUCUUCCGGCAAAACUUCUUCUAUUCUGCAAUACAAUGAAAUCUGGGAGGACCCCUUUUUUCUAAUCCUUUAUCAUCUGUCUUCCAUCCUGUCGCACAAACAAUAAUUUUAGACAAAAAUCCUAACAUUUAUUUAUUUAUUAUUUGUAAGCCGAAGGGAUACAAAAAAAAAAAAAAAAAAAACAAGAAUUUGACU